AUGAACCCUCGGAAACUAGAUCAGCACUCACGCUCUGCUCUCGUUUGCCAACUCGAGCUGGAACUUGCUACCAGCUGGAUGCUGCCCCCAAAGGAUUGCGUUCACCAAGCUGAGUCAAUGAACCGAACCGAACCUAGUCCGACAAACGCCGAGCUCUGUUCGAUUCGCAAACCGGUAGACUUCGUUCCAAAUUGGUACGGAGAUCGCUUCAUUCCACGUCGCUACACCCGCACCAGCUCCAGUCGUUUCAAGGCGGAAUGCAAAUCGGACCGCGUAACCGACAUGAUGCGUAUGAAGGAACGGAAUUGCUACUGGAAGUCCCAUGCAUUUACGGUGGUCUUCAACGAAAUGUUCAACCUUAAUCCGGACACGGAUAAGGUUCUCAACUUUCGGGACGUGAGUACCCAGCAAAUUUGCAAACGCCUCGAGAUUCGCAAACCGCUGCAGACUUAUUUGGAACCGUCGUUCAAAAAUGUACACAAACUCGAUUGGAGCUGUAAGCCGCGUGCAAAACCACUAGCUUUCAUAGAAUCGGUACACGAUCUGCCCAGGAUCAAGGUGGGAUUCACAAACAUUAUCGAUUGGUCGGCCGAGGGACAGAUAGCGGCUAUCUUCAGCAAAAAGCUGGUUAUCUGGACGCCAAACACGGAAGUUACGGUUGCUUACUGUGCUUUGAACACGACGGCCGUCGCCUUUAAUCCAACUGGAGAUACACUGGCCCUGGCCACUUAUUCCAGGACCAUGGGUCCCGGCAUACGGAUGCUGCGCAAUUUUAAUCCCAAUUUCAAGGGUGAGGCAUCAAAAGUGGCCGUUUUUGACUCACUUGCAACUGACAUCAGCUGCCUGGCAUGGGACACUUCCGGUCGAUUUAUUGUCUGCGGUCUGGGAAAUGGGUUCCUGAUUGUGGUGCGUGCAGCGGAUCUGGCAAAAGUCAAUCGCACUGGAGAAUACUCUUCGCACAUUACCAGGGUGAUGUCGGUGAAAUUUUCCUUCGCUUCUAAAUAUUUAGCGUCUUCGGAUGAGUAUGGUCACCUGAUAAUAUGGAGCUGGGACGCUGGUCGACUUGAGCCCAUGACCUCCUGGACUAGUGACAAGGGGCUGGUCCUCUUUGACUGGCAUCCCUGGCGGGUGGAUGAGAUCGUUGUUGCUGACACCGAACCGGUGGCCAUCGCCCAGUACCACGUGCCAACGGAUGCUGUGCUAUCGUGCUACCGGCGCCAGAAUGUGGACUGCAUCGUCACGGCCGUUUCGUUCAACAAAAUCUCCGGGGAGCUGGUCGUGUCCUAUUCGUAUCCUUCCGGUAAAGCCCCGGACAUCGUAGUGCUGGCCUCAAUGGACCGCGUCGUAGACGUUAUGAAGAAUCACGAUGACGUUGUAGCGCACCUUUUCUGGAGCCCCGAUGGAAAACAGCUCGCUAGCGCUGGUUACGACGAGGCUCUAACGAUCUGGAACUUUUUCGGUGCCCCACCGGCUAAGCAAACGGACCAAACAGCCAUCCAAGGUCCUUCCAAACAGCAGCAACGAUGGAACCGGAAUCGUCGAGGGGCUCCAGAUUUUGACUUCAGCUUCCUCUUCAAACCUCUGCGCUAGGAAGGAUGAUGGGUGAAGCAAAAAAUACAUAUUCCUCCCAUUUUUUCGUAAAGCUUCACCUUUUCUGCAAUUUGUCGGUGUUUUAUGGUUACCGUUUUUCUUCUCAUGUGAGCUGGAGCAGUAAGUGGUUUCAGCAAGGUGCACCCAUUGGCUUCCAGUUGUUUGUUUCUAUUUUUUUUUAUGCUAACGCUAGCGAUAUGACAGGCUACAUGGAAGCAUCCCGCCCAGAAGCACCUCCAGGUCUCUGCUGAAGAUCUCAGAUGGAAUAAAUCCUAACGAAGAAGAAGAAGAAAUGGGAGGGGUCCUCGAACAGUCGAACGAUUCCGACAGCCGACAACCACUUUUACUUAUGCAUGCCAAUCGCACAAGUCGACCUCUGUGCCCCUCCCCAGAAGCCUAACUUGAGGCGCAACAGCCAGAACAAACGACGACCGGGGAGCACAAACAACUCAACAAUAUAUCUCGGCACCUCGCGGAACCAUAUUGAGAAGAGCAUUUAACCCCGUACCUCCUAGUCAGCGUCCUCCUCAUAGCCAUCAUCAUCCUCAAAGCCCUCUCGAUGCCUUGCGCACCUUUUAAGUGAAAUCCAGCCAUAUAGACAGCACGAGCUCCGUUGAGGGUAAUUAAAUUUAAAAUAUUUAUUCUAAUUGAAAGCCACCCACGCGCCACUCGGAAGAGAUAUAGAAGUAAAAAAACAGAGAAACAUCGACAAAUGGCUGAAACGUGGCGAAACGUGCCCGCUCAGGACUGUCCGUCAAUCAGCAGAGCUGAAAUAUUGCGAAUACUUAAGCCGAGCAGACAGGAAGGCAGCAGCAUAUGUUACCCCCCUUAACUCCUCAUGUGAGCCACGGUCGCCAUGAGAGAUGAGGAGCUGGACUCGCCGACAUUUGGCCGACAUUACCGGAGGGAUAUUUACUUAUAGUAGUUACCUAGUCGUUCGGUUUCGCGGAAAAUUUACAUACAAAUAGUGUUUGGAGGCAGUCGGAGCAGCGAGGAUUUGCAUAAAUGCAUAGCAAUUUUUCGUCAAACAUACAUACCUACCAACUAACUAUAAUAGUUCAAAUCGUUUUAUUAGUGCUGCUGA